AUGACAGAAUUGGUAGAUAAGACAAUUUUGGAGUUUGGCGCAGCUCAGCUUCUGCAAAAUCUUACCAGCAAUUUAUCAACUACUCUACCCACCACCCAUGUGGCAGACGGUAAUGACCGAGGCAACGAGGAUGUCUACGACCGUGAAGCUAGUGUUCGAAGUUGGCUUGACAAUCGGUGCGCAACGGAGAUCAGUCAUUUACGACUUGCCGUAGCCGCGGAGUUUGUGGAGCAGAUGCGUGCCAGGAUCCGAGAAUGCACGCAGUUUUACUGUUCAGGCGGAAUCGGAAAUAACAAGAUGCUAGCCAAGCUCAUCUGCGCUCGACAUAAGCCUCGACAACAAACCAUCAUCCCAUUUGAUUUCGUGCCAGCCAUCUUUAGCGAGACACGAGUUGGUGAUAUACGGAUGCUGGGAGGGAAAUUGGGUCAUGCAAUACAAGGAUUGCUUCCAGUUGAGGUAUGCUGUCUUCCUUAUUCUUACGCGCUUUGAAU